AAAUUUACAAAAAAAAAACAAAGUUAAAAAAUAUAAGCAGUUACUAUACAAUAAAAUAGCAAAUAGAAAUUUAUUGAAGACACUCACUCAAACAUAAGUCUUUACCAUACAACAAGGAGAGCUAAUAAAGAUUAAUUGACCAUCAUGAAAAAGACUUCACAAAGUGUUAGCCAACCUUAGUCUUCUUAUAAAUAAAAGUAGCCAGAUUAAUAAGGCAUCUUAAGAGAAGGAGAAAAAUUGACGGCUGAGUAAAUUAAAGAAUUCUUACAUGAAUCUAGAUAGAAUUCAGAGUGCAGCAAUUUUGAUGAGACAAUCAAUAAUUAAUAAAAAAUGGAAAAAAUUAUGAUAAAAUAAAACUUCUUAGAGAUGAAUUAAUUAUUUGACCCGAUAGAGUAUUUCGGAGGUCUAAAAGUUAAGGAUCUGAAUCAAAAAGUUGAUGACUAAAGGCUAUCAGAUAUGUUUAAAAUAUAAGCAGAAGAAAAUAAUACAGAAAAGUCAGAUUUAAUUUCUUAUCAUGUGAAAAAUGUCUAGCAAUCUGUAAUGUAAAAAAAUUAAGAAUAACUCAAAAAUUAAAAUUGGAUUGAUAAAGAUAAGCAAGUAAAAACUUACUAUUUCAAUCAAAGCUAGACCUCAUCACUUCUGGGUUAUUCUUAGUAAUAAUAAUAAAAUAAUAAAUAUGCUACAAAAUCCGCUUAAUCUCCUGGUUAGCAGUAAUUAAUAAAGUAAAAUAGCUACUAGUCUUGUGAUAAAGAGAACUUUUCAUGUAUUAAAUAGAAUUAAUCUUUAUAAUAAAAAGGAGCAAGUUUUAAUUCUCCUUUAAAUACAAAAAUAAGUUAAACUUUGCAAUAGAAUUAUUCUAGCUUUACUCAAACUUAAGAACCUCCAAAUAAUAAUGGAAUAUUAAAUAUUACACCUCUUAAACAGAUUAGCUAAAAUAUUUAAUUCAGUUCACCUUCAUAAUUGGCAUAAAAUACCUAGCUUAACAAUUCAAAAAUGAACAAAAAAGAAACAGAAAUGAUGAUUUCACCAGAAUAAAUUGCAAAGUAAAAAUUAUAGCAGUAAAAUAAUACAGGAAACCCUCUCAUUUUCAGUUUUUAAUAAAAUGGAGCUGCUGUAAACGGAUUAAGUUUAAAUACAGAUGUUCUAAAGAGUCAAAAUAAUAGCUUGGAAUAGAUAUAAAAAGUUUUCAAUAAUAAAAGCGGAUAGUAAAGUACAUCAUAAACUCCUUCUAAAAAUCACACAACUAAGGAUGUUAAAAUAGCAUGUAUUCCUAAUGAUACAUCACCAAGCUCUCACAAAGUGGUAGCAUGCAAGCCCCUUUCAUAAAAAAAAGAAGGAGACUUGAAUAGGAUUUAAUUACUUCAAGCAGUAGAGUAAAUAAACAUUGAAAGCUAAAGAAAAAAUGGUGAUUCAUCUUUUAACUCUUCAGUAACUCCUAAAAGUGUGACUCCAAGUAAUAAAGUUAUGAAACAUGAUCAUAGCAGGAUGAACAUAAGCAAUACUUUCAAACAAGAAAGUAAUUUGAAUGGAAAAAAUUCUUAGAUUAGUCAAUAGCACAUGCAAUCAGUAAAUUUUGGAGAUAAUUUGAGUCUAUGCAAUCAAGCUAAGAUAAGUCAGACAGAUAAAAUAGCAGCUAAUGAAGAAUUUUCUACUAAUAAUUAAUUUUUGUCUCAACAAGAGCACUAAGAUGAAAUAGAAUUCUACGAUUGCUCAAAUUGGUAAUCUGUUUAAUAAAUCUCUUAGCAGUUUUAAUCAGUAGAUAAUAACGGAUAAGUUUACAAUACUUAAAAUGCUAUCAAUAAGAAUUGCAGCAUAUAAUCAGUUUAAGACGGGUUAAUCAAUAUUUAGGAGAAUGUAUAUUCCUAAUAAACUAAUGGUUUCUAAACACUUUCUAAGUCUAGUUUGCAUCAUCGUUCCUAAUCCAAAAUGUUUGAAUAAAAAUAAACUUCAGAAUAGUUUUUUAAAGAUAAAGAGAAUCUAGAGCUCACAUUUUAAGAAGAGACAGCUAAUAAUGAAGAGUAGCAAUCUGAAACAGAAUUUAACUGUUAAAAUUUGUAGUCAAGUUUAAAUUAAAUACAGCACUGCUCUCCUUCUACAUACACAUAAUUUAAAUAAGAAAUAACUCAUUCACCUGAAAAGAAUUAUGAAGAAGUAUCUCAAUGCUAAAACAAUUUAUAUAACAAAAUUGCUAGCUUAAACAAACACAAUAAUGCAAAUUAAUUACAAAAUUACAGAAAUAACUUAGGAUAGGAAUCAUAAUAAUCUCAACAAAAUGACAACCUAUCUUAAAAUUUUAAAAAGCACAAAGAAAAAUCUAAGUCAAUGAUUUAAGGGGAAUUGACUAAUGGAGGAAUGAGUUAAAAAUCUGGUACAAGUUAGAAUUAGUAUUCCAGUAGAAAUAAUUCAAGAGAAAUCUAAAAAAAAAAUUCUUACUUUGUCUAAAGACAGAUGAAUUCAGGAACCACGACAAAUAAAUUAAAGUCAUUAAUUACUUCCAAUACUCCUCAAAAUAGCACAAUGAAUGUGAGUUCAAAAGGCAAGUUAUAAGAAAACUCUCAACUAGGAAAGAUCAAUUAAUCAUCUUACAACAACAGUAAAAUGAGUUCAUCAAUAUUAUUAUAGGAAAAAAGCUUGAUUUUCUGUGAUAAAUCGUAAGCAACUAAUGUUUACACUUCGUAAAACACAAACAAUAUUUUACAGAAUUCGAAUAUUUAGGAGAAAUAAAUGACUCAAAACUAUACUCAAUAAUACUAAAGCAAACAAUAAAUUGCUAACUUGCCAAGUAAAGUUAUUCAAAAUAAAAAAAGUAGCUCGCAAGCCACCAACAGAAAAGAUAAUUUCUUAAGUCCUAAAGUAUCUCAAAGAAACACUCCUCGCUCUAAUAGUCAAUAUUCUAGCAUCGACUAUACUAAUACGAACUAGAGCUAGUCAACCUCUAAUGCUUACCAAAGUAAAAGAGGUCACAAUAAAUCAUAACCAAAUUUAUGCAUAUAGCCUCUCUCUAAUUCUAACAUCCAAAAUAAUAGUUAAACUAAAAUAAAUUAUGGAAUCAGUUAAAAUUUACCAAAUUACACAACUAACAUUAUUAAUAAUAAUAACGUGCUUUAAAAUAAUACCAGUGGUGGAAUGAAUAAUUAUUGUAAUAAUAGUAAUAUAAAUAAUGCCACUACAAAUCAAUUAGCUAAUAUUACUAGUAGUUAAAAUAGCCAAAUGACAAAUGGUAUCUUAUCUACUUUAUCAAACGCAUAUUUGAAGAGACCUUCUGGUAAAAGCAUUCAGUAUGAUUAUAAAAAUAUUACAAAUCAAGCAAGCAAUCUAUCAAAAAACAGAUUAGCAUCUUCACCUACCCAUUCUCCUAAUAACUACAAGAUAAAACCAGUAAUUAUUAAUAAUUAAAAUUAAACUUUGAGAUAAAAAAAGCUAAUGAGUAGACUUGAUCAAAAUACAUCUAAAAAUAACUCCUAAGCUCUUUCAUUUAGAGAUCAAUAAACUAACCAUUUAAAUAUCUAAGCACCAAACGCAGGAAGCAAUUCUAUAAAAACAAAUACUAACUAAAGCAAUUUACUAUAGUCUAUAACUGUAAAUAGCGGAAAAUAUAAUCCUGACUAAUUUGAUAAGGACUUGAAAUACAACAUAGCUAUAGAAGCAAAGAAAGCAUUAUUUAAAAUAGAUCCUAAAUAUGAAGAAUCUUUAAAUCAUUUAAUGAGUAUGUAAGCUAGACAUUAAACUUCAUAGUCUUCUUUAUAUUUAAAUUAAAAUCAAUUAUCCUAAGGGAAUCUGCAACAAUUUACUACUACAACAACAGCAACAACUCCAUCGAAUUAUCAAACUAAUAAUAUUUCUAACAAAAAUUAAAUCCAAAAUUAUCAAAAAUGA